GUAUUUCCGUUUUUCCCAUUGCGUGUUGCAAGCUAAGCUAAUAAACGCAAAAAUGUGUUGAAUUUGUUGACAAAUAGAGCCGUAAAUACAUUAAUAUCCAUGGCUAUGGGCUGCCGACUGUUUCCGUUAAGUGCUCUUACAGAAAACUCUUAGAUAAAUGACGACGUAACUCUCAGUUUUUUUACUUUCAGGCGGAUAUUUUCAUCCCAAUAACGUUGCAUGAGCGAUUUUAAAAAGCGGCGCCAUGGCAAAUUUGGAGCAGUGGGUGAACGACCGGCUGCAUGACAUCCUGGGGUUGAGCGAUCGAUACGUCCCUCAGUUCAUGAUCGGCCUUGCUCGGAAAGCGUCAAGCUCUGAGGACUUUGUGAGUCGCCUGGAGCAGACGGGGACCAUCGACAUCGAUCAGACUGUGACAGCGUUCGCGAAGGAGCUUUAUGAAAAGAUUCCCCGUCAGCAGGCUGUCGAGAAGCCGUCCAAGGCAAUAGAGCGACAGGCUAUCGAAAUGGAGAGGAAGAAUCGGACGUACACGUUGUUGGAGGACAGUGACAGCGAGAGCGACGAAGUGGCUGCAAGGGAAAAACAGAAAGGAAAGAAGAAAAGUAAAGAGAAAGACAGAGGAAACCAGAAAAGGAACAUCAGACAGAAGAAAGACUCGUCGAGUGAAGAUGAAACUCUUCAAAGGGGCGAUUCUUUCCAGGAGGACCGAACGUCUGUUAAAAGAGAAGAUGAUGAGGAAGAGGAGUGGGAGAAGGAGGAGAGGGUACGGCUGGAGGACAUCAAGGAGAGAGACGCAUUUGCUCAGAGGGUGAAAGAGAAGGACAAAGAAAAGACCCGAAACAUCGCCGAGCGGACGGACAAGAAGGCUUACGAAGAAGCUCAGAAGCGUCUGAAGAUGGCUGAAGAUGGUCAGAAGAACAUGCUGCCAGAGUUGAGGAAACAAUCUCGUCGGGAAUAUUUGAAGAAGAGGGAGGCUGAGAAGCUGGAAGACCUGGAGGCUGAGAUCCGAGACGAGGAGUACCUAUUCUCCGCGGAUGAACGGACUGAGAGGGAGAAGAAGGAUCUGGAACACAAACGCACCGUCUGGGAGUUGGCUAAAGAUUACAAGAAGGCCGGUGCCAAGGAGCAGGAGGAGAGGAAGAACAGAUACUACAUGCCAAAGGAAGUUAGGAGGAAGGAAGUUCCUCAGAAGGAGCUGGAGCUGGAGGAAACUCCGAUGGAGCUGGGAGGAGAGCAGGGCCUCUGGGAGGAGGAGAGAAUGAAGACAGCUACCCUCAGCUUCGGAGCCAAGAGAGACCGAGAACAGGGCAUGAAGCAGGAGCAGGAGAGGUACCAGCUGGUCCUGGAGGAGGAGGAGAUGAUCGACUUCGUCAGCACAGCCAUCACCAUGAAGGGAACUCGGACCGAACAGGAUCAGGACGCGCCGGAGCUGUCUCAGGCGGAGCUGAAGAAGCGGUCCAUCCAGGAGGUGCGGCGCAGCCUCCCCAUCUUCCCCUACAGAGACGACCUGCUGGCUGCCAUCCAUGAGCACCAGGUCCUGGUUAUCGAGGGGGAGACGGGCUCCGGAAAGACCACCCAGAUCCCUCAGUACCUGCUGGAGGACGGCUACACCAAAGGAGGGAUGAAGAUUGGCUGCACUCAGCCUCGGAGGGUGGCGGCCAUGUCAGUGGCAGCCAGAGUGGCAGAGGAGAUGAGUGUGAAGCUCGGUAAUGAGGUGGGCUACAGCAUCCGCUUUGAGGACUGCACGUCGGAGCGGACGGUGCUGAAGUACAUGACCGACGGCAUGCUGCUCCGAGAGUUUCUCACAGAACCCGACCUGGCCAGCUACAGCGUGGUCAUCAUAGACGAGGCCCACGAGCGGACACUCCACACGGAUAUCCUGUUUGGGCUGAUUAAAGACAUCGCCCGGUUCCGACCAGACCUGAAGGUUCUGGUGGCGAGUGCCACUCUGGACACAGAACGUUUCUCCUGCUUCUUUGAUGAUGCUCCAGUUUUCCGGAUCCCUGGAAGAAGGUUUCCUGUGGAUAUCUUCUACACUAAGGCUCCUGAGGCCGACUACCUGGACGCCUGUGUGGUAUCGGUCCUGCAGAUCCACGUCACUCAGCCGCCUGGAGACAUCCUGGUUUUCCUCACAGGACAGGAGGAGAUCGAAGCGUGCUGCGAGAUGCUGCAGGAGAGGUGCCGGCGGCUCGGCUCUAAGAUCGCCGAGCUGCUUGUGCUCCCCAUCUACGCCAACCUGCCCUCCGACAUGCAGGCCAAAAUCUUCACUCCCACUCCUCCCGGAGCGCGUAAGGUGGUGGUGGCCACCAACAUCGCUGAAACCUCCCUGACCAUAGACGGCAUCAUCUACGUCAUCGACCCCGGCUUCUGCAAGCAGAAGAGCUACAACGCUCGCACAGGCAUGGAGUCGCUCAUCGUCACGCCGUGCUCCCGGGCUUCAGCCAAUCAGAGAGCAGGGCGAGCAGGCAGAGUGGCUGCUGGGAAAUGUUUCCGCCUCUACACGGCGUGGGCCUUUAAACAUGAGAUGGAGGAAACGACCAUUCCUGAGAUCCAGAGAACCAACCUGGGGAAUGUGGUCUUGCUGUUGAAGAGCUUAGGCAUCAACGACCUCAUCCACUUUGAUUUCAUGGACCCUCCCCCUCAUGAGACCCUGGUUCUGGCUCUGGAGCAGCUUUAUGCUCUGGGGGCCCUGAACCACCUGGGAGAGCUCACAAAGCUGGGUCGCAGGAUGGCUGAGCUACCGGUUGAUCCGAUGCUGAGCAAGAUGGUCCUGGCCUCAGAACAGUAUAAAUGUUCAGAGGAAGUGUUGACCAUCGCCGCCAUGCUGUCGGUCAACAACUCCAUCUUCUACCGACCCAAAGACAAGGUGGUGCAUGCCGACAACGCCAGGAUGAACUUUGUGGUUCCGGGUGGAGACCACAUGGUUCUGCUCAAUGUCUACACACAGUGGGUGGAGAGCGGCUACUCCACCCAGUGGUGCUACGAGAACUUCAUCCAGUUCCGCUCCAUGAGGAGAGCCCGGGAUGUCCGGGACCAGCUGGAGGGUCUGAUGGACCGAAUCGAGGUGGAGAUGGUCAGCUGUGAUGGAGACAACAUCCCCAUUCGUAAGGCCGUGACGGCGGGGUACUUCUACCACACAGCCAGGCUCAGUAAAGGCGGCUACAAGACGGUGAAGCACCAGCAGACAGUCUACGUCCACCCGAACAGCUCGCUGUUCGAGGAGCAGCCCCGAUGGCUCAUCUACCACGAGCUGGUCUUCACCACCAAGGAGUUCAUGAGACAGGUGAUCGAGAUCGAGAGCGGCUGGCUGCUGGAGGUGGCUCCUCACUACUACAAGAGCAAAGAGCUGGAGGACAGCAGCAGCAAGAAGAUGCCCCGUAAGCAGGGCAAAACCAAGGAGGAGCUGGGCUGAUCUAACGAGACCGCCACAGCCAGGAGGAAACGGUGCAGACACACUGUGGACAGAGCGAGACGUCUGUAGAGGUGUCUCUGGACGGGUGGGGGGUGUUUAUGGCUUAUUUAAACCCUCAGAAAUAUGCAGAGGUUAUCUGGAGUGCACUCAUGAACAGUUUCAGGGAAGAGGGGCCUCAGGCUGACUGACUGGUUUAAUAUUAAACCACCUGGGCCACAACAAGAACUCACCUGGUGGUGGGUUCCACUUUCUGUUCCUGGUCCACCCACCACAACUUUGUCCAGCUGCAUUUUUGUUGCAAAUCCUGAAAUCAAAACUUUGGAUAAUAAAACUUUAAUGUUUGAUUAGAAAAA